UCCUCGAGCGCAGCUGCGCAGGUCGACGACCCGGGCUCCGCCGCCGCCGCCUCGCCUCGCCGCCGGCGCGCUCGCUCGCUCGGCUGGUCCGCGUAGUGGGCUGCCUUCCAUAGUCGGCUCUGGAGGAGUUUUGAGGGAGGGAGGCGCAGGCAUGGGCGAGGAAGAAGAAGACCCCGACUGGCUCCGCGCGUUCCAGCCACCAACUACAUCGACGGUGAUGCUUUCUUCGGGCUCCGAUGAUUCUCCUGAAAACAGUCCUACACGGACUACACCAUCUGGAGAAGAACAAAAGGGGGAAAACAAGGCUAGUUCAGACCAUGCAGGGGAUGGAGAUGCUGCUGCACUAAAUAAGGGCAAAAAGGCAACACCUACUAGGAGGAAAACCCCUACUAGUCAAGAAGAUGCUUUCGACAAAGAUGAGAAACCAACCAUGGAAUCAAAUCAAGAUAAGCCUCCAAAACGCUCGACUCCAAAGAAGAAGUUGGUUAAACCCCCAUCUGGUUCUAAUGCUUCAAAGGUUACUGGACCAAAAGCUGGUCCAGAUCAAAUAGAUGAUACCUUGGAACAUCAAGAAGAGGGAGUUGCUGAAGAAGAAAUGCAGGAUAAACUUACAGAGCACUCUGUCUCCCAGAGGUUGCCAUUAAUCAUUCCUGAUAAAAUUCAGCGUUCAAAGGCAUUGAUUGAAUGCGAUGGUGACUCGAUAGACUUAAGUGGAGACGUUGGAGCUGUUGGGAGGAUAAUAAUUUCAAACAGUCCUAACGGAAAUCAGGAAUUGUUAUUGGACCUAAAAGGAACAAUAUACAAAUCAACAAUUGUUCCAUCCAGGACAUUUUGCGUUGUCAGUGUAGGACAAACAGAAGCGAAGAUAGAGUCUAUCAUGGAUGACUUUAUUCAAUUGGAACCCCAAUCCAAUUUAUUUGAAGCAGAGACUAUGAUGGAAGGUACCCUUGAUGGAUUCACAUUUGAUUCUGACGAGGAGGGUGACAAGCUUCCUGAACCGCAUGCUUCUCAAAACGAUCAAAAUAAUGAAGAUGGGGAUCAACCUAAGGCAAAAACCAAAAGAAAAGCUGAGAAACCGGCAGGGAAGGGACAGAAGAAGGCGAAGGUUGCAGGAAAGGCCACUAAGAAGGGUACAAGGAAAACCCAAACUACGAAGAGAACAAAGAAGGCGAAGAAAUAGACCUGUUGCGAAACCGGGACGCUACCAGUAAAGACUAGAGAAUCCAACUCCAAAUGGAUCAGACUUGAGAAAUUCCAAAUGUUGUAUGAUCUGGGUUAUCAGUGUAGCAUAAUGUACUUCUUUUAGGCGUAGAAUGAAAUUAGAAGGGAUACACAUGAUUGCAAAAUCCAUUUUUAUGUCUAUGAACUCUCUGUCUAUCCUCAUUUGUAUGUUGUAUAACUAUCAAAUAGCCAAAUUUGAAAAAGUCUGGAUAUCAAACACUUGCCAUUCAUCUUUAAAGUGAUUCGAGCUAUUUCACAUGUGCAAA